UGUUGAGAGACGCCGGAAACGGGCUUUCCCCGAGGGAGCGCGGGUUUCUGUUAGUCGUGGGGGGUUUGUGGAGUGUCCAGGACGCCGUCUCCUUGAGAGGCCCAGUGACCCCCGCCAUUCCCCAGGGUCUCAGGGCGUUGCAGCGGCUUCCCCGAGGCGUCUGCACCUGAGCGGUGCCCGCUGUGCGCAGGGCGCGGACCGCAGCUCCCCCUGGCGGCCGGGAGGCCCCGCGGCGCCCACUCAUGGCGGCGGCCUCAGUGGCCGGGAACUGUCCAUUUUCGUCCGUCUGGCAUCCCGUAUGGGCACCGUGGGAGCGGCCUCUCAAAAGACAAAAAUCCUAUUCUAAGAACUCGGACACUCAGGUUCCUACCAUGGUGCUGGGUCCUGAACAGAACAUGCCAGAUGAUAAUGCGUCUGGAGACCAUGGGGACUCUGCCAGUCUUGGUGUCAUCAAUGCCGCCUAUAGCCACUCGUCUCUCCCGCAGUCCACUGCAGAGGCGGGGGAGCCCUUCAGCACCUACUUUGAUGAGAAGAUCCCCAUUCCUGAGGAGCAGCCCUCUUGUUUUAGCUUUCGUAAACUCUGGGCUUUCACUGGACCAGGAUUCCUCAUGAGCAUUGCCUACUUGGAUCCAGGAAACAUUGAAUCCGAUUUGCAGUCUGGAGCAGUGGCUGGAUUUAAGUUGCUCUGGGUCCUUCUGUUGGCUACCAUCGCGGGACUCCUGCUCCAGCGCCUUGCAGCUAGACUGGGCGUGGUGACUGGACUGCAUCUUGCUGAAGUGUGUCACCGGCACUACCCCAAGGUUCCACGAAUCAUCCUGUGGCUGAUGGUGGAGUUGGCCAUCAUUGGCUCAGACAUGCAAGAAGUCAUUGGCUCAGCCAUUGCCAUCAAUCUCCUGUCUAUAGGAAGGGUUCCUCUGUGGGGUGGAGUUCUCAUUACCAUCGCAGACACCUUUGUGUUUCUCUUUCUGGACAAAUACGGCCUGCGGAAACUAGAAGCAUUUUUUGGCUUUCUUAUCACUCUUAUGGCACUCACAUUUGGAUAUGAGUAUAUUACAGUGAGACCCAACCAGAGCCAGGUGCUCAGGGGCAUGUUCAUACCGUCCUGUUCGGGCUGCCGCACACCACAGAUCGAGCAGGCUGUGGGCAUCGUGGGAGCUGUCAUCAUGCCACACAACAUGUACUUGCAUUCUGCUUUAGUGAAGUCUAGACAGGUGAACCGGGCCAAUAAGCAAGAAGUUCGAGAGGCCGAUAAGUACUUUUUCAUUGAAUCCUGCGUUGCUCUCUUUGUUUCCUUCAUCAUCAAUGUUUUUGUCGUCUCAGUCUUCGCUGAAGCAUUUUUUGAGAAAACCAACGAGCAAGUGGUUGAUGUGUGUAGAAAUAGCAGCAGUCCCUACUCUGGCCUCUUCCCUGAAGAUAACUCGACACUGGCCGUGGACAUCUACAAAGGGGGUGUUGUGCUGGGCUGCUACUUUGGGCCUGCUACUCUGUACAUCUGGGCUGUGGGGAUCCUGGCUGCCGGACAGAGCUCCACCAUGACUGGAACUUAUUCUGGUCAGUUUGUCAUGGAGGGAUUUCUGAAUCUCAAAUGGUCACGUUUUGCCCGAGUGAUUCUGACACGCUCCAUUGCUAUCAUCCCGACUCUGCUUGUUGCUGUCUUCCAAGAUGUAGAACAUUUAACAGGGAUGAAUGACUUCCUGAAUGUUCUGCAGAGCCUGCAGCUUCCUUUUGCUCUCAUACCCAUCCUAACAUUCACGAGCUUGCGGCCUGUCAUGAAUGACUUUGCCAAUGGAAUAGGCUGGCGGAUUGCAGGAGGAAUCUUGGUCCUGAUCGUUUGUUCCAUCAACAUGUACUUUGUGGUGGUGUAUGUCCAGGAACUAGGGCAUGUGGCUUUGUAUGUGGUGGCUGCUGUGGUCAGUGUGGCCUAUCUGAGCUUUGUGUUCUACUUGGGUUGGCAGUGUUUGGUUGCACUGGGCAUGUCCUUCCUGGACUGUGGGCACACGUAUCACCUGGGCUUGACUACUCGGCCUGAACUUUACCUCCUGAAUCCCCUGGAUGCCGACUCACUCGUGUCAAGAUGACGACAGCCCGACAGAGCAGUUUAGAGCCAUUUCCCCUAAGUCCAUUUUGUGCCAAGGGUCCUUUAACAUAUCUCUGUUAGUUCAGAGGUGAGUUUUGUUCAAAGUUUUGAACAAAAGACAAACAUUUCCUCACAGGAAGGGUGUUAAAAGCAGACAGCCUAAGUGUAGGUCAGAGACCACGCACCUCAUAUCAGUGCCACAGGCCAGUUAAGCAGUUGGCCUAUUAUGGCCACAUACCCUUGUGGGCUUAUGUCUUGACUUUUUCUU